CCGUGACGUCGAACAAUGCCAGUGCCACGCAGCCCCGGGACGGAGCGCCGCUUCUCUUCGCGGCAGAGCAGCGCGGUCGCCACGAUGCCCCUCGCCGCGACGUUGUGCUUGGUGCUGCAGGCCCUCGCCGUUCUCCCCGGGCGCGCCGAGGCUGCCUCCCCUGCGGACGAAGUUAAGAUAGAAGUCCUUCACGUCCCCAAAAACUGCGAGACCAAGAGCAAGAGGGGAGACAUGCUUAAUGCCCAUUAUGACGGAUACCUGGCAAGUGAUAAUACCAAAUUUUAUUGCAGUCGAACACAAAAUGACGGCCAUCCAAAAUGGUUUGUCCUUGGUGUAGGACAAGUGAUUAAAGGCUUAGAUAUUGCAAUGAUGGAUAUGUGUCCUGGAGAGAAACGGAAAGUGAUCAUUCCUCCUUCACUAGCCUAUGGAGAGCGUGGAUAUGAACCAGCAAAAAUUCCACCGAAUGCAACACUGAUCUUUGAGAUUGAAUUGUAUGCAGUAACUCAAGGACCUCGCAGUAUUAAAGCAUUUUCUCAAAUAGACACGGAUAGUGACAAAAAGCUUUCGAGAGAUGAGAUAAGCCUCUAUUUGAAGAAGGAAUUUGAAAGGGAUGGCAAGAAACGUGCCCCAUCUGUUCAUAAUGAUAUUUUGGUGGAUAUAUUUAAAAAGAACGACCAUGAUGGAGAUGGCUUCAUAUCUGCCAAGGAAUAUAAUGUCUACCAGCAUGAUGAACUAUAACAGAAGAGGUGGUUAAAAGGUCUGCUUGUUGCUUUAUGGACAUACAACAGUUCCUCUCCUGUACCCAUGUUGCUUCCCCAAGUAAGACCCCCCCCCCCACGAUGUGGGUGCCCUGAGAGACCCGUGUGCUCUGCUGAACCCAACAUGACAUCCUUUUUGCUGAGAAGUCCUGAACACAACCUCAGAACGAAGAUAGAACAGCGGACUUGGUAUGAGAAUUGUAAUCAACUAAAGUGCUUUGUAUGCUUUAGCCUCAUUGAUUAGCGAUGGAACUUAUGCAUUAGAGUUUUUGCUUUUAAACCAAUACAUUUUGAAAUGGAAGUCCUUUUUUAUACCUUUUUAAAAAAAAAACACAAGAUUAAAAUCAAUUGUAUUCUAAUAACUGAAUUUGAUGAACCUAGGCAAAUGGAAUAAAAUGUGAACUAGUC